AUGAAUAUUCAUUUAUCACAAAAUGAAUUAACACGAGCUGAACCUACUGAAUUAAGCAUAUAUAUGUUUUUUUUUUGUCAAGGAAAAAAAAAAUUUUGUUUUGUUGUAUUUUUAGUGAUAACGUAUCAACAUUUUCUUGUAAGUAAAGAUGGAACACCAUUAACUGGUCUUAUUCAAGAUCAUGUUCUUGCUGGUAGAACAUUAACAAUGCGUGAUCGAUUUUUUGAAAAAAUACUUCUUUAUAUUCAACCAGUUAAUCAAGCUUCAUUUAAUCUCGAUAGUAAAUCAAAACUUUCAAUGAAAUCAUGCCCAUCAAAAUCAAAUGUAACAAAUAUUGAUUUAAUGGCUAAUACAGAUGUUAUUAUUCGUCAUGGACAUCUUCUAUCUGGUUUAAUUGAUAAAGCACAUUGUAGUUCAACACUUGCAUCUGUUGUUCAUUGUUAUUAUGAAUUAUAUGGAAAACGUUGUGCUGCUGAUCUUGAUUUACACUUGGAAUUGAACGAUGUUCUUUUACUUUCACUUGGUGUAUCACAUCGACGUCGAUUAAUAAAUCAAUGUCGUGCUCAAGCAGGUCAAAAAGCUUUACAAAAAACAUUUUCUCUUUCGGAAGAUUCAAAUGAACAAAUACUUAUUAAUCAAUUUGCUAAAGGAUUUUGUUCAAAAUCAUUUGAUGAACGUAUAUCAAAAGAAAUGGAUAUUAAUUAUAAAAUUGAUAUUGAUGAAUAUCAAAAUCAAAUUGUUAAACAAUCUAUGUCAAAUUUAUUUAAACAAUUUCAAGAAAAUAAUUUACAAUUUUUAAUUCAAUCCGGUGCUAAAGGUUAA